AUGGUAGAUUCAGCAACCCAGAGUGGAACCGUGAGUGGCUUUUUCUUUGGCAUCAUCCUCAAAUUUGUAUUUGCGCUGCUCGCCGUUGUGAAAUUCGUGAGGUCGUUCUACUUUCAGUCGACUUAUCGAGUUGAGGCACUGACCCUUUCACCUCACAAGACUCCGCAAAUCAUCCGCAACGAUGUCACCAAGUUGUCGAAGGUUCCUAGGCAUAUUGCAGUGAUCCUUGACCGAAAGCAGAAGCACGUAGAAGGCGGUGGUGUUGAGGGCCUGCUGUCUGACGUUGGCGAGGUCGCAGCCUGGUGCAUUGGCGCAGGCGCAUCUGAGUUGACCGUCUACGAGCGCACAGGCGUUCUCAAGUCUUUACCGUUGCAAGACGUGUAUAAUGCAAUUGAAGACAGACUUCGAAUGUACUUUGGCAACUCAUCCUCUGCGACAUUCAAGAUCUUCAACCGCCAAAACGACGGAACCAAAAGCUUGGGCCCCUCAGCUGCAGGCAGCGCUGAUCCCAAGCUGUUAAUCAACCUCAUUUCCGAAAGCAACGGGCGCAAGCUCAUUGUUGACGUCACGCGUGUCCUGAGCGAUAUGGUCGCCCAAAACGUAACGUCCCCCAAAGACAUCACGCUGGACGUGAUCGACCGCCAACUAAAAGAGCGCAUUGGGUCUGAACCCGACCUGCUGAUCAUGUUUUCUUCUGAAAUUGACCUGCAGGGAUACCCCCCCUGGCAUAUCCGAGUCACCGAAAUCUAUUGUUCCCCGGCAAACAACGGAAAUGUCUCAUACCUCGUCUUCAUGAAAGCUCUCCACGCGUUCGCAACCGCCAAAUUCAAGCUCGGCCGCUAG